UUGAGGUAAACAAUGGGUUGUGACUCGUGAUUUGGAGCUCAAGUUGUCUUGUCUCUGUAAGGGUUGUAACUCCCACUUGCGGCUACAUGCUGGUUGUAAAGUAUUAUUUAGGAUGUCAGAAAACACUGUUUGGAAAGUAAGCGACACAGCAAAUAUUUGUAUUUCAAGUGUUGUGUCUGGGGUGUCAGAUGUUGCAUCUAGUGUUACUCACGGUGUUGGGGGUGUGGUCAGCAGUGUCACAUCGGGAAUGGGGGACAUAGUAUACAAUGUCUCCUCUGGAGUUGGGGGCACUGUGCAUAGUGUGACAGCAGGAGUAAAGCGCCUUCUCACCACUCCCCCUGUCAGUUGUGAGAGUAUGGUUAAUGAUGAGGAGGAGUGUCCCGGUGUUCUACCAGCCACUCCACGAAAUUCAUCAUUGUCCCCUGCUCCCGACAACCCCCAUAAUGAUCUGAGCCCUGGAACAGAUUCUGAAAUUGGAGAAGAGGAGGCAGCAAUAAAUGGUGAACUUGGGCUGUCAGAAGACCAUUUUUCCCAACCUGAGGAAAGUUUGUUAUGCAUGAGUGAAGACACUCUUGAGAAAAGCAUUGAAAAAUGCAAGUUGUUGAUCCUGCAAUGUAAAGAAUCUACCAACAGAAGACGAGCCCUCGUUCACAAACUUAUACAACUGAGACUACGGUUGCAGGAGACUCGUGAUGCAGCCGAGGUUGCUUCUACUGGUGUGCUUUUCCGCAUGAGUCACCAGUUGCAGCCUCAGAAGCCUCCCCUCACUCGUGCAUCAAAACAGUACUGUGACAAGUGUGCACAGAUCAUCUGGGGAGUCAUCCAUAUAUCUUAUAUAUGUAUAUUGUGUGAAUACAGGUGCCAUGGUAGGUGUGUGGAAGGUAUCCUGAGACGAUGUGCCAGUGUUAAGGUGAACGAAGAUGCAACUUACAUUUUACGCAUCUGUCCUGAAGUUGGAUUGUCUGCACAAAACUACAAGUGUGCUGAGUGCAAGAUACUUAUUACCAACAAUGUAGCACUGUCAUGCCCAAGAAGCAACACAUGUCUUUGUCUUGCAUGGACUCUACAGUUUUGGAAUGCCCAUCCAAGGGGUGUUUCAUGCUUUGGUGAUCCCUUCAAGAAAGACAAUGCUUGGUGCGAGCCAAGACGUUGUGACUACACUGGCCUUUACUACUGUCCUGCCUGCCACUGGAACUCUAGACUGGUAAUGCCUUCACGAGUUGUACACAAUUGGGAUUUUGAAGAACGUGUUGUGAGCAGGCAAGCCAAACAGUUCCUCUUGUUGAUGAAGAAUAGGCCAGUGCUUCAUUUAGAGAAACUCAAUUCUCACCUCUUCAAAUUUGUUGAGGAACUCAGCACAGUGAAGAAACUGCGGGAAGAUCUUCUCAUUAUGAAGCAGUACUUGGGCACCUGUCGUACUGCCCAGGAGUCACGAAUGUUGAGGCAGCUGGAAGAGAGGCAACACUUCGUGGAGAAUGCUCAUAUGUACUCUUUGCAAGAUUUAGUAGAUGUUAACUCUGGAGUGCUGGUGGAAUACCUUAAAAAGGUUCAUAGCAGCUUCUCGUCUCAUAUCAAGAAAGAGUGUUUGGUUUGCCAGGGAAAGGGAUAUAUCUGUGAAAUAUGUGAUGCCAGUGAGAUCAUCUUUCCCUUUGAUGGGGGUGUCAUUGUGUGCACUGUGUGCUCGGCCACCCUUCACCACCUGUGUUACACCUCCCGCAGCUCCAGGUGCCCCAGGUGUGCACGCCAGGAAGCCAGACGCAAACAUGACUUGACGGAUGAAUAGUAUGUAUGCGAGAAGUGCUGUGAUGUGUUUGUGGUAUACAUUUCCACAGAUGGUAUAUAUGAUUUAUUAAAUUUAAGCUCUGUUACUUAUUUCAGAUACUUAAUGAUUGAUUUGAUAACAAAUUCAGGUAUCAAAACUCCCAUUAAGUAGUAAAUAUAGCUUUAAAUUAUAUUAUGCAUAUAAUUAGUGUAUGUGUAGUACAAAUAUUUGCAAGUGCGUUGUCCCUAAUAAUGAAUAAUUUAAUAGUUUUUUGGAUUUGGCCUUAAUACACAUAUCAUCUUUGACUACUCUGUGUAUCACAGAGAAAUCUGAAACUCCUAGAGUUGAAGGUGGGAGUUUGGAAGGCCAAGAAUCAUUGCAGUCAAUAUUUGGAAGCAGCAUCUUCUUCCAGUGUAACUUUGUGCUUUGGAUAUGUUGUGCUGAUGAAAACAGAUUGUUGGUAAUCGAUCUGGUUAUUUGGGAGUAGCUUGAUAAAGAUUCUUUAUAUUUGAACUUUUUAUGAAACUAGCGUCCUUUGAGAAACUAUAUUUUGUUAAUUACCUCUACAUUUUGUACACUAGAUGCCAUAAAAUAACUUUUGUAAGGAAUAAUUUAUGCAAAUGCUCAUGCAGAAAUUACAGUGUUCUUGUUAGCUUGAUGUGUAGAACUUUAACUUGCUUGUAACCUCAUUCAUAUUGAUUCAUCUUGAUGGUGUAAUCAUUGAUAACUUUUGUUUAUAUAUGGUAUGGUGUGUCAAGCAUUAUACCUCACCUUUUUAAUUUGCUUUUAUACAAAACUUUAAAACAUGUAAAACAUAUAUAGAAAAUACUAAUGCUGCUUCCUGUGAAGUUGUAAGUUGUUGGAGACAUGGGUUCACCAGCCAUGCAAUAUUGCUAGAGCCCUUGUUGGGAAAAGAAUUCUGUAUAUUGUAGCUGUUUUAGCUGUAUUUGAUUUAAGUAUGUUUUCUUGUAAUAAUGGCUUCAGCAAUCAGACCAUUCUACAGAUUUAGCCGUUGUGAGAAGAAUGCAAUACAGUACAGUACUUGCUGUUGUAUAUUCAACAAGAUAGCAUAAAAGCUCAAAAUAACUGAGCAAGUAGAUAAAUAAAUAGACCCAAUUUAUUAUCUCAUGAUAAAACUAAAAGCACCUUGCACACUGAACUCUCGGUAAUAUAUCAGUAUUUGCCAUACAUAAUAAAGGAAUGUAUUUUGGAUUAUUAACUAUAAUACAAAUGAUUAUUUCUUCUUUACUGAAAUUCUUUGGAGCCAUAUUAAACCUCAUUUAAUUUUACUGUUCAAAAUUAGUGUUACACAAUUUUUUUCCUUAAUAUAAUGGAUACCGUAAAAGAAUGUUUAUUUAUUAUUAAGUAAAUUGCUGCAUGCAAGAAACGUGUGAAUUUUAAGACACUGCCUUAGGCUAAAGCUUAAAUCUUAAAGGAACAUUUACUGUUACAGUAUAGAUAUAAUAUUGUACAGAGCCAUGUUUCAGUCAAAAUAACUUAUGGUUUGUGUUACCAAUACACCAUAACAUUGCAUAAUUUAUUAAUCUGUAUUUGUGAUACUGUACCUUAUUCUUUUUUAGGACUUGGAUUAUGAACGCAGUUAGUUUAUCUCCCCAACAUUUAGGAUUUGUUUUUUUAAAUAUGAUGCUUUCUAAAUGAAUUAAUAUUUCAGUGUGUGUGUGUGUGUGUGUGAAGGAAAGGAGAAGCAAUGUAAGAUGAUAUCUGAAUCUAGGGUGGUGCUUGGGUUGUGUAAUCUUGGUGAAUAUAUUAGGUUGUUAUAUAGAUACUGAUAUGUACAAAUUUAAACAAUUUAAUCUUGUCAAGAAAGUUGAUAAUUUUUUGUUUUUGGAAAAGAUUUGUUCUUUUUUUCACUUGUGGGCUGUUACAUGUAUUUUUAAGCAAGUUUUGUAGGUUUAAUAGCAUGUUGCAAUAUAGGAAGAAAGCAUAAAUAUGGGUUUAAUGCACUAAUUUCAAAGUUAAACCGGGAGGUAUCCUAUGUUUUAUAUAGUUUUACCUUGAGGCUAAAUGAAUGUGGCCAAAUUUAGUAUUUCAUCAAUAUCCACAUCAAGAAAAGAAUUAAAGGCACUUAAUUAUCCAGUAUACCCCAUUAGUCAUUAAGUUGUUCAAUAAAAAGGUGCUCCAACAUUAGUGUCAUGUCAUACAUCAUGAUUUAGCUUAAUGUUUUAUGUUUUAGCUAGGUAUCCCGAUUAGGAAAAUGCCUCAUGGUGGUAUUCUCAUUAUUGUUAUUAUUAUAUUUUGGUAUGUACAUAUCAACUUGAAUCAUUACUUUUACAUCUUUGAGAAUGUAUGUCUGUCCAAAGUUAAGAGAACAGAUGCUUGGGGCUAGCCUCGCCUAACUGUGCAGGAUGACUGGUGAGGGGUUGGUUACCAUUAUGGGUGGGUUGGGACUGCCCCCUUUGAUAUUAUUAAAAGAAGGUUUGCACCUAUGGGGAAUCCCCAUGAAAUUGGUGCAAGGUGGUUAGCCAAGUCCCUGGAAUUUCAUUACCUUCAGCUGCCUUGGAAUAUAUUCAUACUGUAUGUAUAAAGCAAGGACUAUCACAGGUGGGUCAGGGUUGGCACACAUGGCAGAAUCUUUGAAUUCCCUGAUUAACCUAGGCUCUCAGCAUGUAAAUGUCACAACCUUUUUUGGGGAUUGCCCUGGACACUGCUGGGUACCUCAUAUACUAUACUUACACACAGUGGGAAAAAGGAAAUUUUCCUCUUGAAAGUGGCAGUGUAAUCCUCAGGUGGACUGUUUUUAGAACUAGUCUAAUGCUUAAAGUGCAGUUAUCAUCAUACAUUUAUCCCUACGGCAAUGUGGUUAUCAUAUGUUGAUUUCAGUUAUCACCACCCAGUUUUACAUAAAUGAUGUAAAUAUGGUUAUGAUAUACAGUAUCUAUAUGAAUGUAAUGAAGUUCACCUAGAGUCAUUAAAAAUCUGCUAUCAUUUUGAAUUGCUUAUUAUAGAUGAGAUUAUCUUGUACCACAAGCAACACAAUUAUAAUCAAAUCACAAUUUGGCAUUUCUCGCAAGUGUUUGAAUCUGUUUCUGGAUGUUAUUACUAAACAAUAGCAACAAAGAAGUGAGUUACAAGACACUUUCUUUUAUCUGUACAAAGAACAGAUUUACGUGCAAUUUUGGUGUACUUAUCACUGUACAUUAUAGGCCUAUACUGUAUACUCAGUCACUGCUUUUUGUCUAUUAUGUGUAAAUGAACUGACUUAUUCUACGCAUUGUGUAAACUACAGUGAAACAACAAACACACAAACCCCUUGACAUGAUCAUGGCAACUCGCUUCUUGAUUUGGCUUGUCAGCAAAUUUACAUCGCAACAGCCCAGGGAACCGAAUGUCCCCAACUUGGCAAUCUCUCCGUGUGCACGAAACACAAAAAGACAGAUAUAUAUUUUAUUUUUUACAUGGAAAUGUAUAAUUUUAUAAGAUUUUUUUGUUAAUUUUUUUUAUUUUAUGGACACUUUGAGUGUUAAAAGUAUCAUCAAGGGGUAUAACAUUGAGUGAUGGCAUAAUAUGAAGUAAGUACAUCAGCACCAAUAUUGAAGAGUAGAAUUUAUAAUAUUGUGUUUGGAAUAAAUGAACACUCAACCUUCACAUCAAAGAUGUAAAUAUUAUGUUUUGGUACCUCUUAAACAAUUAGGAAUAUAAAAAUGAGAAAGCACAAUGGCAGAUCUGUUUGCCAGGUCAUUUUCAGGGUAAAGUGAUUCUAAUGAUCAGCCAGCCACCCCGGUUAAACACCUUGAACAGCUAUCUAGAUAUUUGUGAUAGUCUGACAGCAUAUUACAGUUCCAUUAAUUAAUACUUAUAAACUGGCAAGUGAACCUUUGUCCUAAACAGAGAAUAUUCUCAAGUUAUAUCUUUAUUGUAUUAUAAAUCAUUGGUUUAAAAUAUAAAGUCUAUGCUUAACUUGUUUUCUUUGAAACAUUCUGAAGAAUUUGGUUUUCUGUUAAAUGAGAUUCUACGGGAUAUUCAAAUAGUUUUAAAAUUUCAUAUUUCACAUUUGAUGAUAAUACACACCAUAUUAACGUAACCAAACCUAACUUUAAUCUCACCAAUCAUAAAUAGGGAGUAGAUAAUAGCAUUAAUUACAUAGUAGUCUUGAAGUGAUUACUUCCAGGGUACCUCCUUCCUGAGGACUGGUUACUGUUAGCUCAAGUUAGAUAGGUCCCAUUUAAAUCCCUCUCGCCUAUACUUAUAUUUAUCCAAUCUAUAUUUGAAAUCUGUUAAACUGUCUCAAUAAUACUAAUUGGUAAUCCAUCAUUCAUUCCCCCUAACCCACUUGAAAACCUUGAUCAUAUCCAACUCUGCAUCUUGAAUCUCUACUGCAAGUGCAGAUAAAGAUUCUUGUCUGUCUUCAUAGGAUAGGUCACUGAUACUAGGUAUCUGCCUUGCCAUUCUUCUCUGUACUUUUGGCCAGAUAUUUGGGUUCAUCAGUUCUGUUAUUCUGAUAUGGUUUAUAAUAUCUUGAUAAUUGGUUAAUGUUCCAGGCAGCAACGAGCAUGCAUGGCAUUAGGUUGCCUGCCCCAGUGCUGACUGGCAAUUUCUUCGGGGCUACUUACUUACUUGUCAGGAAGCCACUGAAGGGAGCCCUCCAAGAAAUCUGGUGUUGAAUAUAAUGAAAUGCCUCUUUCUUGAGAGUCCGUCAGUGUCUCCUUAUUCCCACCCAUCCCUUCUUUCCAUAUUGUUCGAGGGUUGUUGCUUUGAUAGUGCAUGAAUGACUUGGUGGGGUAGCUUGGUGAGUUAGCAAGGGACCAACGAAACACAAUCUUUUCAUUACUCUUAAUGCUGGAUUUUUCCAUCUAUGGGUGUGUGAUAUUUGUUGUUGCUGGAUGUGUCUGUUGGGGGAGCUGCUCUCCAGUGUGACAGCUUAUCGGGUUGCUGCUACCCACCAUGCACAUCUUACAGUACUUGAUUUCACAGUCAUCAACUGUUGACAGUUCUGUUGGAGGAGAGCCUCUUUUCUUUUAUGAGGAGAAUUUUCAGGAUUUGAUAAUGCAAACUUUAAAUAAAUCUGGACCUUUCCCUGUUUUCCCAUCUAGGACUGCAGUAUUGACUGUUUGGCCAGCAUCUACUCAUGCUUCAUCCUUGUGUCUCUACCUCUUGGCAAGGGCUUCUAAAUUCAUUGGGAUCUAAAAUCCUGUACCGGCAUGAACAUUGUCAUACUGAUGUCACAUACUGUACUUUGUACACACCAUACACAGUAUAUAUAAGAAAGAUCUCUUGCUUUUGUUAGGAUAAGUUAGGUUAGGAUGGUUUGGGUUAUGUUAGAGAUGUUUAAAAAGAGUACCAAUGAUGUAAGGGGUAUACUGUAUAUACUUUACUCAGGUCUUAGACCCUACUCUAUAAAUAGCCUCAGCUUGAGGACUUGUCAAUUUCUCAAGUAUUAGUGCAGGAUCCUUUCAGUUUGAGUAAGGAUCCCUUGGUGAAUGUGACAGUGUUGUUUGACCUCAGUCUCUUCUCCAGGGUUUAGUCCGUGUGUUUGUGGGACAAUUUAGGGCCAUGCCUUUUGGGGGAUUAAGGGUCACAAAUGAUAAUGAAAUACUGUACUGUACUGAGGUUUCCCUGAUUUUGUUUGAUAGUGUUAUAAGGGUUUAAUGGUUGCAUAUUUCAAAAACUUCCCUCUAAUUUUGUUUUCAUUUCUGAUGAGUUUAGUCCUUAAAGUUUGUGGUGUUGCUUCAGGUUUUGUGUGACACAAGCAUUGCCAAUGUUGACACUACUCAAUAUUUCUUGCAUCCAAGUUUCUAGAGCUUCUUCAUCGUGUACUUUGUAUAUGAUUACUUCAAGGUACAGUCUAUACAUCUGCUUUGGUCGACUUGUUGCUGUUCUUCUAACCUGGGUCCAAAAUGUAAUUUUAAAUAAAAGUCUUGGUGCAAAACAUCACAUUUAAUAAAAUCUACUUUGAGGUUUUCUACAUUGAUUAAUGUUUACAUAGUAACAAGAAAUUAAAAAGCCUGUGAUAUUUUAUAAAUACAGUACUGGAAAUAUGAAAGGUUUAUAUAUAAAUGCAUUAUCAACAUUGCAUUUGAUGUUGAACAUUACUUAUUUCAAGUGCAGCUCUUAAAUUCUUAAAUACUGUAGAGUAUUGGCAUUAUUUGUAGAAUUUUUUUUUCUUACUGCAAUUCUGUAAUAAAAUGCAAAACUAACCUUGUGCAAAAUGUUAACAAUACAGAUGUGAACAUUUUAAAUUUUAAUAAGCAAUUAUUUUGUUCCUAAUUCCAUAAAAUAUCUUGUAAUUUAGUUUCUCAUUAAUGUGACAGGUUUUGAAUGUGACAUAUUUUAUUAUAUCUUUUAUUUUGCAUAUGAAAAUGAUAAUGCUAAUAACUUUGAUAACUUUAAAUAUCAUUGUAAUCUUUCUGAUAAAAUUAGCAGAAUU